GUUAUAAAAUUUUGAAGCCAUGGGAGUGAAAACCCAGAGACCUCGUUGCUUUUUUGACAUAGCCAUCAACAACGUACCCGCUGGAAGAGUAGUCUUUGAGUUGUUUUCGGAUGUUUGCCCAAAGACAUGUGAGAACUUCCGCUGCCUCUGUACCGGAGAAAGAGGUACAGGGAAAUCAACCCAGAAGCCAUUGCAUUACAAAAGUUGUUUGUUUCACAGAGUUGUGAAAGAUUUCAUGAUCCAAGGAGGUGACUUCAGUGAAGGAAAUGGUAGAGGAGGAGAAUCAAUUUAUGGUGGCUUUUUUGAAGAUGAAAGCUUUGCAGUAAAGCACAACAAAGAAUUUCUCCUUUCAAUGGCCAACAGAGGGAAAGAUACAAAUGGUUCACAGUUUUUUAUAACAACCAAACCUACACCUCACCUAGAUGGGCUUCACGUUGUGUUUGGACAAGUAAUCUCGGGUCAAGAAGUUGUAAGAGAAAUAGAGAACCAGAAAACAGAUGCAUCUAGUAAACCUUAUGCUGAAGUACGAAUACUGAGCUGUGGAGAGCUAAUCCCAAAAUCCAAAGCCAAGAAGGAAGAGAAGAAAAGACACAAGUCAUCAUCCUCAUCCAGUGAUUCUGAAAGCUCAAGCGAUUCAAAAUCAUCUUCUGAUUCAUCAUCGGAUUCUGAAAGUGCUUCUGAAGAAAAAACAAAGAAAAAGAAAAAGAAGCACAAAAAAAAUUCGAAGAAACACAAGAAAGAAAAGAAAAAGAGAAAGAAAAGCAAGAAGAGCUCGGCCAGUGAAAAUGAAACAGAAAAUCCUGAAUCACAGCAGCUUUCUACUGUCCGUCCGGAAGAGAUUCCUCCUGUACCAGAAAACAGAUUCCUGAUGAGGAAAAGUCCUCCUAAAGUGGAUGAGAAAGAAAAAGAGGCAAAGAACAGGGAAAAGGAAAGGGAGAGUAACCCAUCAAACUGUCAAUCCUCAUAUCAGAGAAGGUUGUUGGUAACUAGAUCUGGACGGAAAAUAAAAGGAAGAGGACCAAGACGCUAUCGAACACCUUCACGAUCCAGGUCAAGGGAUCGCUUUAGACGCAGUGAGACUCCUCCACACUGGAGACAGGAAAUGCAGAGAGCUCAAAGAAUGAGAGUAUCAAGCGGAGAAAGAUGGAUAAAAGGAGAUAAGAGUGAAGUUAAUGAGAACAAGAAGGAUGCAGCAAAUCAGAAAAGCCCAGGGCGAGGAAGGGAGAGAAAAGCAUCCGACCACAGGCAAAUUUCUGAGAGCCCAAGCAGGAGAGGGGAAAAGGAAAAGAAAACAAAAGACCACAAGUCCAGCAGUAAAGACAGGGAGACGAGGAGAAAUUCAGAGAAGGAGGAUAAGGACAAGCAUAACAAAAGCAAGGCCAAGAAAAGGGCUCGGUCCAGAAGCCAGAGCAAAAGCAAAGAGGUAUCCAAAAGUAAGGAGAGGGACUCCAGACACAGCAAACACGAAGAGAAGAAAACUAGAUCGGGAAGCAAGGAAAGGGACCAUGAGAAAGAGAGGGACAAAGAAAAAUACAGUGAUUUUCGUGAAAGAGAGAGGAGCAGAAGUAAGGAAAAGAAUAAAAGAGGGGAAUCUAAAAGUAAUGGUCAGAAUCACACUAAAAGUAAAGACAGGGAAAGACAUGCAAAGUCAAAGAGCAAAGAAUGCGAACAAUCAAAAAGUAAGCACAGCUCAAACAGUAAGACCAGAGAGCGAAGCAAAAGCGGGGAGAGAGGGAAGCGAGCCAGGACCAGAAGCAAGGAACGAGAACGCAGCAGAAGUAAAGAUUAUUCCAAACACAAGGAUAAGGAAUUAAAAAGAAGUGGAAGGUCAAGAAGCAGAGACCGAAAAGAGACACCAGAAAAAUCUAAAAGUAAAGAAAACAAGAGAAGGAAAGAAUCGCAGAGCUCCGAGAGGGACGAAAGUCGAAGUAAAGAUAGGCAUCGGAAUCAAGAACACAAAAGUUCUCACAAAAAGGAUGAUUCUGAAAAAAGAAAGCGUUCAAAAAGUCGUGACACUAGUAGCCCUGAGACCAACAAACAUAAAAAAUCCAGUAGAGAUCGGGAUAGAAGUCCUGAUUCAAAAAAGAGACGGAGCAGCAAAGACAGAGAACCGAAAAGAUCAUCUUCACACAGGAGUAAGGAAAAAGAAAAGGACAGGUCCCGUUCCUCAAGAGAAAAAGAGGUCAGCCAAAAAUCAAAGAAUCAGGAGAGAGACCAUGCCCAUGGUAAAGAUAAAAAAUCUGAUCAUGAAUCAAGUCCUGGAACUGAUGAAGACAGACGUGGAUGAGUUUAUGAACUUAUUAUUUCUGCUUCCAGGUUCUAGAGACAUAUUGGGGAACACUUUCUUUUUUUUAAAAAAAAAACGUGGACUUCAGUUUGGUCUUUUGAUAAAUCUGCAACCUGGAUCAUUUGUACUGCUAAAGUUUUAAUAAACUUGAAAUGGAAAAAAACACAACUUUUAUGUGUAAAAUGGUGUGCUGUGUGUUAGUAUUCCAUGGUUUAUGUAUCCUGCUUCUGUGUUAUCAGAAGGAAAUACUGUAUUGCAUUUACAUUUUAAUUUAUGAACUUAGGUAGCUUGCUGCAAGCAAGCAGGUUAGCCUGAAAAUAAUAAAUUUCUUUGAAGCCGUAGUACUCUGCCUACUC